AUGAGUGAUUUAAUAACCAGUUAUUCACGUCAGCAUCCUGAAAUAGAGGAUAAUAAUGAAGAUGAAUUUGAUGAUUAUGGUUAUCGAAAUGGGACAGAUGAAAGAGUGAAUAAGCAUUCAGAAGAUUCUGUAAAAUUACGUAGAACGAAUUCAUCGAACAAUCCAGUCCUUCAUCGAGCAUUGUCAACAGUAUCAGCAAAUCAAUCACUUGUGUUUAAUCAACGUACAACAAUCGCAAAAAAUUUUCGACGAAGCAGUGUAAACGAUCAGAUUGUAACCAUCGACCAUGCAGAAGCUGAUGCCUCAUUUGUAUUCACCGAUUUAAAUUCGGUAAAAGAGGAAAUACGCACGCGUAUUAUGGAUAGUUUAGUUGAUCAACCAACAAUGACAGCGUUAGAAGAAACAAAACGUUUAAAUUGGUGGUGCACCAAUAAACUACAAUGUCCCCAACUUUAUCCAUUGUUAACAAGUGGAGAUGGGAAUUGUUUGUUACAUGCAACGUCUCUAGCGAUGUGGGGAUUUCACGAUAAAUCUCUAGUUAUGCGAAAGGCGUUGAAUGAAACAUUAAUCACAUCAAAACCGAACAAUUCGUUAUAUCGAAGAUGGCGAUGGUCACAAUCUGUUCAAAAUAAGAAAUACGGUUUAGUGUUUUCUGAAGAAGAAUGGGAUUCUGAGUGGAAAGGUUUGUUAAAAUUAUCUUCGGCUGAACCAAGGACUUACCAGUGUAAAACGUCCAAUUCCAUUUCAAAUAAUGAUUCUAACAAUCUCGAUGAUCAAAAUUUUAAUCAGAAGUUAUCAAAUCCAACGACUACAACAACGUCAAAUGUGAUUACGUCUCAUACAUCAUCAUCCAUUACGACUGCAGUUACUACCCAAUCCACAUCAGUUGAUAAAACAUCAUCAUCGACUACAACAAACAACAUUAUCAAACAAUAUUAUGAAAGUUUAGAAGAAAUGCAUGUUUACGUGUUGGCUAACAAUAUAAGACGUCCAAUCAUUGUUUAUUCUGAUACGGUUUUACGUGAUCAUUCUGGCGAGCCAGUGUCACCUAUUAAUUUUGGUGGUAUUUAUUUACCACUCGAAAUUCCUCCUGAAAAGUGUUAUCAGUCGCCAGUGUUUCUAGCCUUUGACGCAGCUCAUUUUAGUGCUCUUGUACCGAUGAAUCAAAAUAGUAAAGUAAAGUUAACAUAUCGUAUACCAUUGAUUGAUAUUGAUACGUUAGAUUUAUUACCACUUCACUUUGCUGUUGAUCCUGGACCAUCGUUCUGUUGGCCAAUUGAUGAAGAAUUGUCAGAUAAUAUUAUUCAGCAAUAUGAUUUACAGGGUGAACGUCGAAUGAAAUUAUUGGAAAAAUAUCUAAGUUUAUGUAAAGAAUAUACACCUCUAACUACGUUAUUUCCGUCAACUUCUACACCUAACAGUGCCGUGUCAUCAUCCAUCUCCUCUACUCAACAUCAAAUAAAUGAAGAAUCCAAUAAUAUUGAUCCGUCAACAACAAAUGUAUCUGAAAUGAAUGAGUCAUUGAAUUCUACUACAUCAACGGCGCCAACUGUAAAUAAAAAACCAUCAAAGCCCUUAAAUAGUUUCGGUAAAAUACUUCGUCGUACAUUUAUUGAUCCAUUUUCACAAUCGAAACGGGCUGCAGCUGCUGCAGCAUUACGCGGUGAUCAUCAUCAAACAUUAGGUGAUUCUACACAGUCACAAAAUGCAUUAACAUUUGAGAAUGAAAAUAAUCACGAUGACGAUUAUUUAAAUCAAUUGUCAUCACCAUUAUUAAAUCCUCGUACGAAUAUAUUAACAAUCAUUAUGGUAAAUUUUAAGCCAAAACAACCUCGAGCUUGCGAUAGUAUGAUAAAAAAUUAUAUUGAAACGUGUGUUCGAGAAUAUCGUGCAGAGUCGACCAAGGUACAACGAGAAAACAUGGAUGUGAAUGAUAAUACCAAACAACAAGUUGAGAAUAACAACAAUUAUAAUCGUAGUGUCACAACUACUAAUGAUGACUCAUCUCUAAGGAUAUCAAAAAAGAAUAUUUUAGCAACGAAUCAACCGUCAUCCCCACCAUCAACAGUAGUUAAUGAUAAUCAACGAUAUACUGAUUCAUACACAAAAAACAAAGAUAGUAAUGUACAACAACAACCACACGUAACAGUUCGAUCGCAACAAACUCGAAAUUAUUUCAAUGAUUCUCCCGAUUUCAAUGAGAAGAAUAUAAACUCAAAUAAUCCGAAUGCAGGCAGAAAAUUACCAAAAUUACCAUCUCAGUCCGGUAGUCUCGCUCUUGCGAACGUUAAUUCAUUACCAAAGCAGCAGCAGACAAAUAUAAAUUAUAAAAUAUCGGAAAGACCUAACGAGCAAGUGGCUGAUGACGAUGAUGAAUCAGAGGAAGAAAAUAAUAGAUUUUCAUCUAAAAACGGAUCUAUUAAAGCACACGAUCAUCCUCAUAUUGCCGAUGUAUCUCAGCGUAAUAGUUUUGAUUCAUCAAACCGUCAUUAUCGUCCAUCUGCGUAUUCAAAUGGUUAUAGUCAUAGUGGCAGUAAAUUGGAUGCAACCGGUUCGUCUUAUGAACAUAAGAAUGGAAAUAGUCAAAAAUCAUUACAAAGUCCAUCAACAUUUACCGUCAACAAUGUUAAACGUCAACACUUAUUGGAAAAGACACAAUCAAUACCGUCGUCUUAUUCGGUUAAUUCAACAAGUUCACCAACCCGUUUAACAACAACAACAACACAAAUAAUGCGAAACAACAGAUGCAGUAAUGAUAACACUGGAAUGACCCCAUCACCUCCUUUGGUGUCAAAAAUCAUUCCGAAACCUCGUCCAUCACCUCAAACAUCGACGUGGUAUGAAUAA